AUGAAAAUAGUCUCGCCUCAAGGGCUUAGUGGUGGUUUAGUUGUUUUAUGGAAGGAUUAUGUUUUAGUUAGUUGUAUUUCUGUUGAUGUUCGUCUUGUUGAUCUUCAUGUGGAAUAUAAGUCAUUUCAAUUCUACUUGUCCUGUGUCUAUGGAAACCCAAUGCCUAGUUUACGCCAUUGUCUUUGGGAGAAGUUACAGAGAAUUGCUACAUCGAGACAGGGUGCUUGGAUGAUGUGUGAGGAUUUUAAUGAAAUUGUUAGUAAUGCAGAGAAAUGGGGAGGAAGAUUACGAGCACAGAGCAGCUUCAGGGACUUCAAACAGAUAAUGAAUAUCUGUGAUAUGAAGGAUAUACAACACAAAGAAACAGAAUUUCUAGACAUGGCAGAAUCAGACCACAGACCUAUGAUUGUCACAAUUGCUUAUGAGGAAAGAAGAAGGCGAUAUCAGUUCAGAUAUGACAAGAGAUUAACUGAUCAUGAUGAUUUUGUCAAUACGGUGAAGCAUCAUUGGGUAAAUUGCCUUUCUCACAUUGAUGAUUUGUCUACAAAACUUGGUUUAAGUAGGAAGGAAAUGUCAAAGUGGAAGAGAAGAAAUAGAUUCAAUGCAGCAGAAGAAAUACAGAUUAUCCGCAGUAAAUUGGAUAAGGCGUUAAGAGAUCAUCAGGUUCUAAAUACGGAAAUCAAAAAGCUAAGAUCAGAUCUUAAUCGUGCUUAUUAUAACGAGGAGGUAUAUUGGAAUCUUAAAAGUAGAACCCAUUGGCUGCAGGCUGGAGAUAGGAAUACAGCUUACUUUCAUGGAGCUACAAAAGCAAGGAGGAGGAAAACAUGCAUUAAAUGA